AUGGCAUCUUUCUUUUCUGAGUUUGGCCUUAUGUGGUACUUGGAAGAGCUAAACAAGAAGGAAUUUAUGAAGUUUAAGGAGUUCCUCAAACAGGAGAUUCUGCAGGUGGGGCUGAAACAGAUUUCCUGGACCAAAAUGAAGAAGGCAUCUCGGGAAGAACUUGCCAACUUACUGGUGAAACAUUAUGAGGAGAAGCAAGCCUGGAAUAUAGCCUUCCAAAUCUUCCAGAAGAUCAACAGGAAGGAUCUCAGUGAGAAGGCAGCAAAAGAGAUUGCUGGAAACCCAAAGAUAUAUCAAGCUCAUUUGAAGAAAAAGCUGACCCAAGAUUGGUCCAGAAAGUUCAGUAUCAAAGUUGAGGAUUUGUUUAAGGAGAAAUUGACCCAGGAAGACUAUGAUCAUUUUGAGGACCUUCUUUUAUCAAAGACAACUGGAAAGAAGCCACAGACGGUGUUCCUGCAAGGAGUGGCAGGAAUUGGCAAGUCCCUGUUGUUGGCAAAGUUGAUGCUGGCCUGGUCAGAUGGCCAUGUGUUUCAGAACAAAUUCUCCUACAUCUUCUACUUCUGCUGUGACGAUGUGAAGCAGUUGAAGACAGCAAGCCUGGCUGAACUGAUCUCCAGAGAGUGGCCCAGCCCCUCAGCUCCCAUAGUGGAGAUAUUAUCUGAACCUGAGAAACUCUUAUUUAUCAUUGACAGCUUGGAAGGGAUGAAAUGUGAUUUCACCGAACGGGAAUCGAAGUUGUGUGAUAAUUGGAUGGAGAAGCAGCCAGUGAAUAUACUGCUGAGCAGUUUGCUCAGGAGGAAGCUACUCCCUGAAUCCUCUCUCCUCAUCUCAGGUACACCAGAGGCUUUUGAGAAAAUGGAGGGUAGGCUUGAGUGCACAAAUGUAAAAGUAAUGUCAGGAUUCAGUGAGAACAGUAUUAAGAUGUAUUUCCACAGCUUGUUCGAGGAUAGGAACAGAGCCCAGGAAGCCUACAGUGUUGUGAGAGAAAAUGAGCAUCUGUUUACUCUGUGUGAGGUCCCUCUGAUCUGCUGGAUGGUGGCUACUUGUCUGAAGAAAGAAAUAGAGAAGGGAAGAGAGCCAGUCGCCAUCUGCCGACGUACCACCUCCCUGUAUACCACUCACAUCUUCAAUUUGUUCAUUCCCCGAAGUGCCCGUCAUCCAAGUAAGAAAAGCCAAGCUCAGCUGCAAGGCUUGUGCUCCCUGGCUGCAGAGGGUAUGUGGACUGACACAUUUGUGUUCAGCGAGGAGGCUCUCAGGAGAAAUGGGAUCAUUAGUUCUGACAUCUCCACACUGCUGGACAUGAGGAUACUUCUAAAGAGCAGGGAACCUGAAAACUGUUACAUAUUCCUCCACCCAUCUGUCCAGGAGAUCUGUGCUGCUGUCUUUUAUCUGCUAAAGAGCCACGUGGACCACCCUAGUCAGGAUGUUAAAUGUGUAAAGACACUCAUGUUUAUGUUUCUAAAGAAAGUCAAAGUACAGUGGAUUUAUUUGGGCUGUUUCAUCUUUGGCCUUUUGCACGAAUCAGAACAAGAAAAGCUAGUGAUGUUUUUUGGCUACCAGUUGUCUCAGGAUAUAAAACAUCAGUUAAAUCAGUGCCUUGAAACCAUAAGUGAUGAUAGAAAGCUUCAAGAACAAAUAGACAGCAUGAAGUUAUUUUACUGUCUGUUUGAGAUGGAGGAUGAGGCCUUCUUAGUGCAAGCAAUGAGCUGUAUGGAACAGAUUAACUUUGUGGCUAAAAAUUAUUCUGAUUUUAUGGUUGUCGCCUACUGCCUAAGACAUUGUUCUGCACUGAAGAAACUAUCGUUUUCAACCCAAAAUGUCCUACAUGAAGAGCAUGAACAAAGCUAUAUGGAAAAGUUACUCGUCUGUUGGCAUCAUAUAUGUUCUGUGCUCAUAAAGAGUAAGGAUAUCCGGCUACUCCAAGUAAAAGACACUCAUCUCAGUGAGCAAGCCUGUUUGGUCUUGUAUAAUCAUUUGAUGUAUCCAAGCUGCAACCUUCAAGUACUUGAGGUAAAUAGUGUGUCCUUCUUAUGUGAUACUCACCUGUUCUUUGAGUUGAUAAAUCAGAGCCGCAGUUUGCUGCACUUGGACCUCAGCCUCACCUUCCUCUCUGAGACUGAUGUGAAACUAUUGUGUGAUGUUUUGAACCAGGCAGAAUGCAACAUAAAAAAUCUGAGGGUAGCAGGCUGUCACCUUUCACCUGAUGUCUGCAAGAUCUUUGCCUCCAUCCUGAUCAGCAGCAAGACGUUGACACACCUCAAUAUUGCAUGCAACAACUUGGACAAAGGAAUGCACUCACUGUGCAAGGCUUUGUGCCAUCCAGACUGCGUGCUCAAGGAGUUAGUGUUGGCCAACUGCUCCCUGAGUGAGCAAUGUUGGGACUACCUUUCCGAUGUUCUUAGGCGGAACAAAACCCUGAGCCACCUGGACAUCGGCUCCAAUGACCUGAAGGAUGAAGGACUGAAAGUUCUCUGUAGGGCUUUGACUCUCCCGGACAGUGCCCUGAAGUCUCUAUGUUUGAAAAACUGUCUUAUCACCACCAGCGGCUGCCAGGAUCUAGCUGAAGUCCUCAGCAGCAACCAGAACCUGAGGAGCCUACAGGUUUCAGAAAAUAAGCUAGAAGAUGCUGGUGUGAAGCUGCUGUGUGAUGCUAUGAAACAUCCCAACUGCCAUCUAGAGAAUCUUGGGCUGGAAGCCUGUGAGCUGACUAGUGCCUGUUGUGAGGACCUUGCUUCUGCUUUUACCCAGAGUAAGACCCUGUGGGGGAUCAACCUGCUGGAGAAUGCCUUGGACUACAGUGGGUUGAUUGUAUUGUGCGAGGCUCUGAAACGUCGACCGUGUGCCCUGCAUGUACUUGGACUGCGAAUUACUGACUUUGAUGAGGAAACCCAGGCGCUUCUGGUUGCUGAGCAAGAGAAAAAUCCCUACUUGACUAUUCUAAGCAAUGUGUAA